AUGGGUGGGUGUUUUCCUUGUUUUGGAUCAUCAAACAAGGAGGAUAGUAGUGGUGUUGCUGUUGUUAAAGAAGUGAACAAGAAGGAUUCAGUUAAAGAAGGUUCAGUUGGUCAGUCUAACCAUCUUGGCAGAGUUAGUUCAGACAAAUCAAAAUCUCGAAGUGGUUCUGACUCUAAGAAGGAGCCAUCGAUUCCCAAAGAUGGACCAACAGCUAACAUUGCAGCACAGACAUUUACAUUCCGAGAACUAGCUGCUGCCACAAAGAACUUUAGACCAGAGUGCUUGUUAGGUGAAGGAGGUUUUGGGCGUGUUUACAAAGGUCGCUUGGAGAGCACUGGCCAGGUAGUUGCUGUGAAACAGCUUGACCGAAACGGCCUUCAAGGAAAUAGAGAAUUUCUGGUGGAGGUUCUCAUGCUCAGCCUCUUACACCAUCCAAACCUUGUCAACUUGAUUGGCUACUGUGCUGAUGGGGACCAACGCCUCCUUGUUUAUGAGUUUAUGCCAUUGGGUUCGUUGGAGGAUCACUUACAUGGUGAGGAAGGACCACAAGAAAAGCCUAUCAGAACCUGGGUAGGGAUAAUUAGAGAAGAGAUUAUUGAUGAAGAUCUUCCCCUGGACAAGGAGCCUCUGGACUGGAACACAAGGAUGAAGAUUGCAGCUGGUGCAGCUAAGGGAUUGGAAUACUUGCAUGAUAAAGCAAACCCUCCCGUCAUAUACCGGGACUUAAAAUCGUCUAACAUCCUUCUUGAUGAGGGCUAUCACCCCAAGUUGUCAGAUUUUGGACUUGCAAAGCUAGGGCGCAAGGCAAUUGAUAAUACUCGGGCACCUGGGGAGCAUAAUCUGGUUGCAUGGGCAAGGCCACUUUUCAAGGAUCGUAGAAAAUUCCCUAAAAUGGCUGACCCAUUGCUUCAAGGUCGUUAUCCAAUGCGAGGAUUGUAUCAAGCUCUUGCAGUCGCAGCUAUGUGUUUGCAAGAGCAAGCUGCCACAAGGCCUCUAAUAGGUGAUGUUGUGACUGCUCUCACAUAUUUAGCUUCCCAAACCUAUGACCCAAAUGCUACCAAUCAAAGUAACAGAGUUGGGCCAUCUACUCCUCGGAACAGAGAUGAUCGGAGGGGAAUGGCAGAUGGGCUGGAUAGCCCAGAUGAGCAUGGACGUGGUGGGCGACAUGGCUCCCCUUCCGCUUAUAAAAACUCACCUGAUUAUAGAAAACGGGAUCAUUUUAGGGAAUUCAGCACUGGUGCAGAGUUAGGAAGGAAUGAAACUGGUGGUGGAUCUGGCAGAAAAUGGGGUUUGGAUGACUCGGAGCGACAGGAUUCUCAGAGAGAUAGUCCUGUGAAUACCAGCAGAGCUAGGGAAACGCCAAGAAAUCGUGACUUAGAUAGAGAACGAGCAGUUGCUGAGGCAAAAGUAUGGGGUGAAAAUUGGAGGGAGAAAAAGCGGGCAAAUGCAAUGGGUAGUUUCGAUGGUACAAAUGAGUGA